AUGGUGAGCCAUUGUCAGACCCCCACGUUUACAGAUUUCACCAGCCUGUCGCUCUCCAUGUACGGCAAAGCCGAAAUCUGUGCGCGGAGAUCGGCCAGCGGUGCCCUGAUUUGUCGGAGCCCCCUCAGCAGCCCGGCUCGCAUGAACUGCUCCAGUCCUAAGCAUGUCAUCAGUGGCUCCUACUGCUCAGAGAAGAGUGGAGGGGAUGACAGGACUCAGUCACUGUUCCCCCAGAGCCUCCAGUGCGACCGGCCUGAGCUGCUGCUGCCCGACACCACGCACCAGGACUCCAGAUCGUCUUCAGACUUCUCCAGGACUUUGCCGGUGGGCUCUCCCAGUUUGUGCAGAACCAACGGGGUUCCCUCCCCUCUUUCUUACCAGAUAAAACAAGAGAUUUCAGUGGGCUACAACAUGGGACCCAAUGCAUCACAGGCUGGAUAUCAAAACUUAAAAGAGGACAUCAUUUUAGGGACGACAAGGGACAAACUGACUGGAGUCCCACAGGUUAGCUGUAGUGCUAGUAGCAUACGUACAGUAAAUGCUGUUAGCAUUGCCGUGUCAGCAGACGCAUCACAACCCUUUAAUAAUGAAGAUGGCUCCUCCCCGCUGGCUUUGUCCCCAUCGGGCUCCCAUCAUUCAGCGCGGCGACUGGGUACUAACAGGCUGAAGAGGCACUGCCUGUCGCUGGCCUCGCAGUCCGCAGCAACAGCGUCUCCUGCAGCGGCCGCCACCGCCGUCGACGACCCCAACAUCUGCUCCUCACAAAUGUCCAUGGUCUCCUGCAACGGCUUUCAGCUCUCGCCAAGUCCCAGCACGGGCUUCUCCUCCACAUCUCCUCCCACUGCAUCCUGCUCUCGCGACGCCCCGUACAAGCCCCCACAUCAGCGAAGCCCCCAGCCCACUCCAGGACAGGACAGGUGCCAACUGUCAUCCCCUGCCUCCUGUCUACUGUCCCUGUCCUCUUCCUCCUCUUCAGUGUCGUCAGUGGAGCUUGAGGGCCAGACUCUUUGUGAGGAGCAGAGCUCCAUGCAUCUGGGGCGGGGGGCAGCAGGGACAGAGGGGGGUGCAGAUGGACUGGGGCUGCUCCUGAGUGGGUCGGUGUUGCCCGGGACAUUACAGUCAGAGAGUGAGGCUCUUAUGGAGGCUUCCCACAGGUCAGGGGCUGCUCUGAAGCAGGAACCACUGGAUGAUUUCACUCCCAGCGAAGACGAGCUCUUUCAGCACCACUAUCAUCAGCAUCAUGUAAAUGGGAGAAUUGGGCACCCCCCUCGUCCUGCCAUGCCACCCCCUUACCACCUGCACCAGUACGUGGGGCCGAGCCCGGGGGGCCUACACCAUCAGAGCCAACAAACUGCACCAGCCUCCUCCAUGGGACAUAAAGCAGCCCCCACAGCCCCACCUGGGUCCCAUAGACAGGCAGAGCGCGAGGACUUAACCAUUGGAGCUAUUAGUGACAAACAGGUGUGUCGCUGGAUCGACUGCAGCGCUGCCUAUGACCAGCAGGAGGAGCUUGUCCGGCACAUCGAGAAGGUGCACAUCGAUCAAAGAAAAGGAGAGGACUUCACCUGUUUCUGGGCCGGCUGCAUCCGCCGCUACAAACCCUUCAACGCUCGCUAUAAGCUGCUCAUUCACAUGAGGGUGCACUCUGGAGAGAAGCCCAACAAGUGCAUGUUUGAAGGCUGUAACAAGGCAUUCUCCAGACUGGAGAAUCUGAAGAUCCACCUGAGGAGCCAUACUGGAGAGAAGCCGUACCUGUGCCAGCACCCAGGCUGCCAGAAAGCCUUCAGCAACUCCAGCGACCGCGCCAAACACCAACGCACUCACCUGGACACGAAGCCGUAUGCCUGUCAGAUCCCUGGCUGCACCAAGCGCUACACAGACCCCAGCUCUUUACGUAAACAUGUGAAGAUCCACUCAGCCAAAGAGCAGCAGGUGCGUAGGAAGCUGCGGUCGUGUCCUCACCUGGAGCAGGACGUUCUGAGUGACUGUUUGUCCAUGCACCACCUCCAGAGCCCCACCCCCUCUCAGCAUCACCUCCAGAGCCCUGCCCCCUCUCAGCACCACCUCCAGAACUCCACCCCCUCUCAGCACCACCUCCAGAACUCCACCCCCUCUCAGCACCUCUUCAAUGGCAAAGACACACGCUCACCCGUACUGGGCCAGGACUGCUUCUCUGGGCCAUUUCAUGUUGUCAACUUGUCUUGUCAAGCUAACGACUGUGAAAACCAUUAG